CUCCCCCCUCCCAAGCGCCCGCCCGCAGCCUGCCGCCGCCGCCGCCGCCGGAGCUCUGUAGUAUGGCAUCGAGGAGAAUGGAGACCAAACCUGUGAUAACCUGUCUCAAAACCCUCCUUAUCAUCUACUCCUUCGUCUUUUGGAUCACUGGGGUGAUCCUGCUGGCCGUUGGAGUCUGGGGAAAACUCACUCUGGGCACCUAUAUUUCCCUCAUUGCUGAGAACUCCACAAAUGCUCCCUAUGUCCUCAUCGGAACUGGCACUACUAUCGUUGUUUUUGGCCUGUUUGGAUGCUUUGCUACAUGCCGUGGUAGCCCAUGGAUGUUGAAACUGUAUGCCAUGUUUCUGUCCUUGGUGUUCCUGGCUGAGCUCGUAGCUGGCAUUUCAGGGUUUGUGUUUCGUCAUGAGAUUAAGGAUACCUUCCUGAGGACUUACAUGGAUGCCAUGCAGAAUUACAAUGGCAAUGAUGAGAGGAGCCAGGCAGUGGACCAUGUGCAGCGCAGCCUGAGCUGCUGUGGUGUGCAGAACUAUACCAACUGGAGCACCAGCCCCUACUUCACAGAGCAUGGCAUCCCCCCAAGUUGCUGCAUGAAUGACACCGAUUGUAAUCCCCAGGAUCUGCACAAUCUGACUGUGGCCUCCACCAAAGUUUACCAGAAGGGUUGUUAUGACCUGGUGACCAGUUUCAUGGAGACUAACAUGGGAAUCAUUGCUGGAGUGGCUUUUGGAAUUGCAUUCUCCCAGCUGAUUGGCAUGCUGCUGGCCUGCUGCCUGUCCCGGUUCAUCACGGCCAACCAAUAUGAGAUGGUAUAAGGAGAAGUCUUUCAAGACGACGGAAUAAGAGACCCGAUUUAAUAAAGGAACUGCAACAAUCCUUGAAAGACUUCUAAAAGAAUGUUAGAGCACAGUACAUAUUACACUUGCCCUAUUCCCCCUAACUCCAUACCCUGUGUGCAACUGAUACUCCCACACAGUAUCUACCCUGCCUUUCAACCUAAACCUAGUGUUCUAUUUUGUGAAGCCCUUUUGUGCCAGAGUAUAGCCAGAUUCCCUGCAUCUAGUCCUAGUGGAACCCACCCAAGGCUCCUUCAUCUGUACUUGGUCCAACUGCAACUCAUCAUAGGUGACUAGUUAUCACACCAUCACUGGCCACCUGGGCCCUGCAUGUUUUGGGGAGGCUCCUGUUAACUCUUCAUUAAGAUUGAUAAAUGUCACACCCCUUGAUAUAGAUAAACAGCUACCUGUUCUUUUGGCUUAAUUUCCUAUAAUUUGGUUAUCCCUUUACUAAGGCUCUUUCCUACCUUCUCCAGGCUGCCUAGAACAUGUAAAGAGAUACAUCAGUAAUUGUUUAUGAGGAGGAAAAAGCAUGAAGGAAAUUGUUGAGCUUUAGGUGGUCUCCUUGGCUCAUUAUUAUUACAUGCGUGGGUAUGUAUGGACAGUUUAGUGCACCUAAAAGUUGAAUUGUUGCUUCACAUGAAGGAAAUAAUACUACUUCUGUUUUUCUCCAAUUAAUUGCUAUUGUGUUAUUUUACUUCUUUCUGUACUUUUCCUUUGCAUUGAUAUUACAGACAUUGAGGACAUCAUCAAAUCAAUUGAAAAAUGAGUGUGAAGGGGGAACAAAUGUCAAAAUAUUUUUAAAAGAUCUUUAAAAAUAAUGCCUCUAGCAUGCCAACAAGAAUGCAUUGAUAUUGUGAACAUUUGUGAUACAUGUAUUAAUAAAUAGAGUCACUACAAA